GUUGAGAGGAGUGGCAAAUAAUUUUACUAUUUGCCAAGAGUGGCAAGUAAAAACCUCUCCGGCCAAAAGAGUAUGUGAAUGUAUAUUAUACUCGCAUAGCAUAUUAGUGGGUUAAUACUAACAAUUCUUUGUGGCAGGUACAAUUAUCAGGGAUAUCAAUGAUCAUUACCUUUCAACUGCACAAAGGAUUCAAGUAAUUGUAUUUGGAAUAGAGUUAAAAUUUCUCUACUGUAUAGAAUUCUACAACCACAAUCGAAAGCAUUACUAUCUUGUGAUGUCAAUUAUAUUUAUGGUGGUGAUAUUCUUGCAAAUUGCCAAAGCACUGUUAGUGUUUGCAGUGUUGGGAAGAUGUGUAUUUGCACCACUAACUAUAUAUGCUUUCAUUUCUUACAAAUUGCACCAAAUGAUGAUAUCCGUCGAUAUUGUGGAGAAAUUUUUGAGGAACCAACAAACUCUUGUACCAACUCGGUAUUCCUACACCGACAUCAUUACUAUGACCAACAACUUUAAGGAGAAACUAGGCCAAGGAGGAUUUGGUUCUGUCUUUAAAGGCCGACUUCUUUGGGACAGACUUGUUGCUAUCAAGAUCUUGACAAAUUCUAAGUACAAUGCCGGUGAAGAUUUCAUCAAUGAAGUUUCGACCAUUGGUAGGAUUCACCAUAUAAAUGUCGUAAAACUGAUUGGUUUUUGCUCAGAUGGCAUGCAGAGAGCUUUGGUGUAUGAGUACAUGCCUAAUGGUUCCCUUGAUAAGUUUAUCUUCUCAUCCAACAGUGGUCCCAACCACAAAUUCUCCCUAGACAAAUUAAUUGAUAUCGCAUUGGGAAUUGCUCGGGGACUUGAUUAUCUACACAAAGGUUGCGAUAUGCAAAUUUUACAUUUCGACAUCAAACCCCAUAACAUUCUUUUAGACCAUAACUUUAAUCCAAAAGUUUCUGAUUUUGGCCUCGCAAAACACUAUCCAAAGAACUAUAGCUUGGUAUCACUCAGUGUUGCAAGAGGAACUAUAGGAUAUAUUGCUCCAGAGUUAAUAUCGAGAAGUUUUGGUGUUAUCUCUCACAAGUGUGAUGUUUAUAGUUUUGGUAUGCUACUCUUAGAAAUGGCCGGUGGGAGAAGGAAUUCAGAUCUAAGAGCAGAGAAUACAAGCCAAGUUUACUAUCCUUCAUGGAUUUAUGAUAAACUUAUUGAAGAUAAAAUUGAGCAUGAUGUGGUAGAAAUGGAUACCGUCAUUGUAAUUGAUGAAAGAGAGAAGAAAUUAUGCAUGAUAGGCUUGUGGUGCAUACAGAUAAGGCCAUCAGAUCGGCCUUCCAUGCGCAAAGUGAUAGAGAUGUUAGAAGGUGACGUUAGUAGCUUGCAGAUGCCACACAAGCCAUUCUUUUCAGAAUCGACUCAAAUACCAUCACAUGUGUCAAACUUGAACACUGAUGAUGGAGAAUUGACUAUCAUUUCUGAAGAUGUUGAUGAGUUAAAUUAAGGAGUGUUUUUUUUCUUGGUAUUGUGUGAUUUUAAUGUUAUAUGAUUCUAUAAAAACAUGUAAUUGGAAACGAUAACAUAUCUAUUGGCUUGUUUAUGUCAACUAAUA